UCAUAAUCAUAUUUUUAUUUUUGAUUAUUUUAAAAUAUUCAAUUAAAUAUUAGUGAAUAUAGCUCAAUAAUUAUUUUAUAUUUAUAAAUAUUUUUUGAUACAAAAUUCACUAAUUUUUAAAUAGUUAUACUUUAAAUAAGAUAUAAAAAUGACGGAUUUGUUCCCGCGUGUUUCCUUCCCGCGCACGUCGCACUAGGUGGAAGUUGGUCAUGGUCGUCCGCCAAACGGAAAGCCGCCAUGAUGGCUUUCUGUAAAGUACGCUCAAUAUGUAAAGUUUCGUUAUUGUUUUUCAUUAAUUGUGACUGAGUGCGUGCAAAAAUUAACCAUGGGAACGAACUAGAGUGUGCAAAGUGCAGUUUACGGUCCUUUGGGACCUCCUGGAGGAGCUAUAAAGUGUUUUAUAAGUGCAUUUUUGUGUCGACGCUAGCGUGUUUUGUUCUGUCAACAAAAUGUCGAAGCUCUCGUUUAGGGCGAGGGCCCUGGAUGCGUCGAAACCAAUGCCCAUAUAUCUCGCCGAGGAGCUUCCGGAUUUACCGGACUACUCGGCGAUUAAUCGUGCUGUACCUCAAAUGCCCUCUGGUAUGGAAAAAGAGGAGGAAAGUGAGCAUCACCUCCAGAGGGCAAUAUCGGGCACGGGGCUGAUCAUACCCACACCGGAAGUAUGCCAGGUUUCAGACGUCGACUUCUACGAGAGAUGCUACCCGCCCGACUACAAGAUGCCCAAGCAGCAUAUACAUAUGCAGCCGCUGUGGGAGGAACAAGAGGCGCCGGAGUACGACAUCGACUCGGAGGAUGAGAGGUGGCUCAAACAGCAGAGGCGUCCUGAGCUAACAGAGUUAAAGUUCGAACAAAUGAUGGAUAAACUGGAGAGAAGCUCGGGGCAGACGGUGGUGACGUUGAACGAGGCGAAGUUACUUCUGGAGAGACACGACGACCUUGUCAUAGCGGUCUACGACUACUGGCUCAACAAACGGCUCACCACUUUAUCAAAGGUAACCUUCCAGCAACAUCCGCUAGUCCUGUCAGUGAAGACGGAGAGUCGGCCCGGUCAGUCCACGAACAACCCGUACCUUGCGUUCCGACGUCGCACGGAGAAGAUGCAGACGAGGAAGAACAGGAAAAACGACGAGAGCUCGUACGAGAAGAUGCUGAAGCUCCGGCGCGACCUGGCGCGCGCGCUGACGCUGCUGGAGCUCGUGGCGCGGCGGGAGCGCGCCAAGCGCGAGCUGGUGCGGCUCACGGCGCUGCUGGCCGAGCGCCGCUACGCCGCCGGGGACUUCGCCAACCAGCUGCUGCCCGACCCGCCGCCCAGGCCGCAGUACACCGCCGUGCCGAUAACAACGGCGAGCUUCCGUCGCGAGUACACCGUUCAGCAUUACCCGCCACGCGCGCCCUCCACUCCCAUCGAGCCGAGACAGCGCGAGAAGCGACCGUACAAGCGGCGGAAGCAUCGCCACCACGCGCCCGCCGCGCACCCGCACAGAGAUUCAGGCGUUUGUACAUCUUCGGAGGAGGAGUCAGCUCCGCCGGACGACGGGCCGUUCGCCUUCCGUCGGAAGCCUGGCUGCUACUACGAAAUGCCUACAGCGACAUUGUACGGGGACCCAUUGGACCCGGACAACCCUUCCAAGGACGGAAUGUUUGAGCAUGAACUGGACGAGAGGGCUAGGUUCACGCUGACGUCGGUGACGCGGCCGUACCCGCAGUGCGUGGGCUUCGCGCGGCGCCGAGUGGGGCGCGGCGGGCGCGUGCUGCUCGACCGCCGCGCCUCGCCGCUCGACUCGCUGUGGCCGCGCCUCACCUUCCGCCACGCGCGCGCCAGCGACGAGCGCGAGCGCCGCGACGAGGAGGUGGACCUGGAAACCAAACCUCACAGAACUCCGAAGGAGAUGACGAGAGACUACCACACGGGAGGAAAGUACCCUUGGCGACAUGCGUUCCGACGACAUUUGGCCGAAAAUCCUCACUUAUGGACCGUUCCCGUCAAAACGGACGUCGACGACGUCAAACUAGACGUGGGCGACGUGAAACUAGACGUUACGGAUGUAAAAAUAGACGUUGAUGACGUCAAACUAGACUUCGACGACGUGAAACUAGAACCAAUGGAUGUGGACAGUGAUUCGAAACCGUUACCGGACUUGAGUGAUAGUGUUACUGAUAGUGUUAGUGAUAGAGCGAGAACUAUAGACAGUUUUGUAAGAGGUAAUCUAGAGAGGGUUAUCAGGAAGAGAUCGUGGAGCGGAUGCAGUGACAGUAGUUACGACUCGGAUGAGAGUUUGCAGCCUGUUGAGAAGGAGUUUGAGAAGUUCAUCAAUGAAGUUAAUAAGAAAUGGUUACACUUCCGACCAAAAACACCGCCGCCCUCACCACCCUACGUAGAAAAACCAUCGGACGAUCAGUUUCCAAUCGCCUUCGACACACCGAUAUCCGUGGAGCUCACGCUGGAGCCGCCCUCGGGGUCACUGGACACGUUCACCACCACUGAAUUCACUCUCGGUGACCUCUACGGAGACAUCAACCCGGAAAUGGACAACAGCGGCAGUCUCGACAUCAGCGGGGACGAUUUACUUACAGAGAACUUCACAGGUCUGACCGAAGCACAAGUCGAGAGCAUCCUCUCAGAAACUGAUCUCAAAGCGCUAGCGGAUGUGGACCUCACCAAGGACGACAAAAAGAUGGCGAUCACAGACGACCUACUCGACGAACUAGUGAAGGACGUAGAUGGAAAGGAUUCUUUUUUAUUACAUGGCCAGAGCUCGGAAGGGCGUGCCGGCUCUGGCCAGAGGAGAAGACGGGCGGAACAUUUCGGUUCGAGCGUCGUACACGUCACCGGGCCGGGUAGGGAGCCGGUGUACAUAGAGAGGGUCGUCCCGCCGGACGAAACGCCCAAGGAAGUCAAAAAGCCAGUCGUGAAGUCGCCGGUGCCGACCUCCAAGAUCAUCGUCGAGGAGGUCAACGAGGUGCCGCAGGUCAAGGUCGAGAGGAAGCGGAAGGAGGACACGGAGGAGGUCCAGAUCGCGCACGGGGUCCAACUGAAAACGGUGCAGACGAAGCACUCUCCGCUAAAGAAGCACAUUAUAACGUCAGCGCAUCGACGAGGUGACGUCACACUCGUCACGUCCGAGGCGUCGCAGCCGCAAAUAGUCACGGUCGCCGUCUCCGAUAGUUUGAAGGUUCGUCUGCAAAACCAAGGCGCAACAAGCGCAUGUUCCAGCGCAGGAACAGUCGUCGGUUUAUUACAGAACGGACCCUUCACCGCUGUCGCUUUACCUAUGCAUAAUGCUCAGCAUAGGGAAAUCGGCUCAGCGACCGUUGCGAGCGUGGCAAACGUUGUGACAGCGGGCAGCGCCGGAAAAGUGGCCAGCGUGGCCAAUGUGGCCAGCGUGGCCAGUGUAGCCAGCGUGGCCAGCGCCGCCCGUCGCGUGUCUGCGCCGCUCGUGCAGCUGGCGCCCGCCGCGCUUGGACACAAGCCGCUGCAGUUGCACCACCACUCCUCCAUGGUGGUCGCGCCGCAGAUGCACCACGUCACCCCCAGCAAGCUCAAAGUGCUCCACGCGCAUCCGCUCUCGCACUCGCAGCGGGCGCAGCUGCUGGCCCAGAACCGCUCGCUGGCGCAGCUGCCGGCGGUGGUGUCGCUGGCCACCCUGGGCGACGCGAAGCCCCCCGCGGCGGCUCUUAUAAAAGCCGCGCAGGGUUCCGUGGCUCAAUUCUUCGAAAUCAAAAGCGGGCAAUUGGGUAAAGGCCCUCAUUUAGUGAAUGUCCUACGUCAACCGCCGCCGGUCAAGGCGUCGGUGGCGAGGCUGGACUUCAACGAUGCGAAGAAGCGGCAGGUCGUGUUCGAUGGCACGCUGAAAGGGAACGUUGCGACGGCGACCAGACCGCACCGGGUCAGCGUCAGUCUCGACGGACGGCAGAUAGUUCGCGCCGCGUUACCUGCCGUGCGAGCCCCUCACGUGCGACAUCAGAUUCAAUUGAAAAAUCGGACAUUACAAGUGACGGCACCAUUGGCUAGAACGUCGUCGGAGCCCUCGACGAGUAUAACGAUAGCGCCGACGAAAACGGCGUCUAUUCCGAGCUCCGUAGUGGCGAAUUUGCUGCAGAAGAACGUUCAGUUGCCUAAAGGACAGAAGAUUGCUAUAUCGGGACCCGGCGGGCAGGCGCUGUCGGCGAACGUGCAAGCUAUUGCCUUCACGACUGCGCAGUUGAAAGCGAGGCAAGGGAGGUUAAUAGCCCAGCCGAGACCGACACCCGUCGCCGAGAUCGUGGAGGCGUCGACGGCGCCCGCGUCGGCGCCCGCGGCCGCGCUGGCGGCCGACGACGGCGACGACGGGCCCACCAACGGCGUGCGGCGCCGGCCGGCCGACACGCUGCCCAUGGAGGUCACGUGACAACCGGGCCCGUCCACCUGCGGUCCCAAGUGUGCGAGUGUGCAGUGCGGCGAGAGUGCUAGUGGUAGUGGUCCCGACAUCAACCUCACGCUGACGUUACGAGACGCCGACGGUGCCGAGCGGCCGGUCGACGACGUUUCACCCACCGACUUGCAACCCAAUAUGUAUUUAGUACCGACUAAUGUUGACGCCUCCUCGUUACCCGUUCUGGUGUUCUAGCGAAAACUGUAAUUACAGACACAAGCCAUCGAUUCCAUUGAAUCGUAAAAACUUUAUUGUGCUCUGUAUUGGACAUAGUGGUGUGGAUUAUUUAAAUUAUAAAUUUCUGAUUGUUAUAAACAAAUAUAAACAGAUUGGAAUCA